CCCCGUGGUCGUGCCGAUAAAAAUGGACAUACGGUUCGAAUCCGGCUUUUCUUUGAAGGUAGCUCUUCAAAUUGCUUAUUCUGAUAAACUACCAGUGGACACAAUAUAUAUUGAACCUCCCGAACCCAGUUCUCUUACUGAUGAAGAAACGGGGAAUGAAGAUUACGAUGAUUGUAACAUAGAUAGGUGUUCUGGUUUUACUGAAGAAGAUAUGACUAAUGAUACUAAAGGAAAACCAGGAAUGGACCAAACAAAAAUUUUUAAAAAUAGUACCGAAGACAGACCAUCAGAAGAGGAAAUCAAAAUACACAAUAUUACAGUGUAUACACUGUGCAAAUAAGAAUUCAGUUGAUGAAACCGAUAAACUUUUUAAAAUACGGCCACUGUUGAAUAUGCUGAAUCGAAUAUUUUUUGAAAAAUUUGUCCCCGAGCUAAACCUAAACUAUGAUAAAUCAAUGAUCACAUAUUUUGGCCGUCAUCCAAGUAAGCAAUGCAUCCGUAAAAAACCGAUGUUUGAUUUUAAAAUGAGGUGCAUCAAUGCUACAUCUUGGUUGGCUGUGAUAUAUACCAGGGUAAAAAUAAAAAUUGCAGUCAUUAAAAAAAAAACGAUUCUCAUGUAUAAUAAAAUCUAAAAGCAAUUAUAACUUUUUGUGGCAAAUUUCUCAAAUUUGAAAACAAUACAAUUUGCUGUAAUUAGGUAUCUACUCGUAUAUUUUCUUUCGGGUUAGAUUAGAAUUAUUACUUUUGUUAUGAUUACUAAUAAUACGGGUUUCGCGUUGUGCGGGCAUUCAAAAAUAUUCUAUUGGCACAAAAAUAAAUUUUUGAUGUCUCGAGUUGGCCAUCCCUAGGACAAGUUACGUCCUUGGCACUGAUAUGCUUGCAUUAUCUCGAAAGG